GCGUCGUGCGCAAACUGCCGCAAGUGGAUCGGCGGCCGCGUCGUCCACGCCAUGGACACGACUUGGCACCCCUCGUGCUUUGUCUGCUGGCACUGCGACGAGCACCUCGAGCACGUAGCCUUUUACGAGCACGAGGGCAAACCCUACUGCCACUUUGACUACCACGAGCUCUUUUCCAAGCGCUGCUUCCACUGCCGCACCCCCAUCGUCGACCAGCGCUUCAUCACCAUCAACGACCCCGAGCUCGGCGGCGAGAACAAUGGCGGCGGUGGCGAGCGGUGCUACCACGACUUGCACUUCUUCUGCGCCAACUGCGGCGACCCCUUCCUCGACCCCAAGGCGUCUGGCAGCGUCAGAUUCGGAGGACGAGAAUUCGUCGUGCACAAGGGCUACCCAUACUGCGAAAAGUGCCACGUCAACCUGCACAAGCCCCGGUGCAAGGGCUGCAAGAAACCCAUCGCGACCGGCGACGUCAUCACGGCGCUCAAGUCCAAAUGGCACCCCGAAUGCUUUUGCUGCGCCUUUUGCAACAAGCCCUUUGAAUCCGAGAGCUUCUUCAUUGGCAAGUCCGACGGCAAGCCCUACGAUGAGGCCUGCUACCGGAUCAAGCUCCGGAGC